GAACAGCCGGUCGCUUGACCGUAACCACGCGCUGCCGCCACUAGUAGUCACAAUCGUUCGUUGUCGUAAUCGCAUAGCAGCCACCAGCAAGCAGUUACACAGGUGCAGGAGGAGAAGCCACCGCCACCGACGACGACGCGGUGAUUCAGGUUUUGAUACGCCGAGGAACUAAACCAAAAAAAAAGCGAUUGUUGCUUUGAAACUUCAGCCGCGGUCGCGCUCAUAAUUUUUAUCGGUAACAUAAUUUCUCUGCGUAGAUAACGCGCGGAGAGCAGAGGCAAAAAAGAAAAACAAGUUGCCGGUGUAGGUCGCACGAAAAGUAACUUGCUAUUUUGCCGCCGUGUUAUCAUCAUCUAUCGAGCGCCAGUUAUUAUCAGUGGGCAGAGAGGACAUUGCUUCAAAGGCUUCUUACGUUAAGUGGACAUGAUGCCCUGGAACGCAUGUUUUGCGAGAACGCAAGGUAAAUGUGUGCCGCAAAUACCUCACUGAUUGGAUUGUUUUAUUGGAUACGUGUGGGGAGUUUCCGAUUCGAGUGUAAGUGCAAAAUUUUGGCCAACCCAAGAUAGUGAAGCGCGGUGAAAUUAUAGUCAACGGUCCGAUACGUGUGAAGGAGGCCGAGGGCGGUUGCGCUGUUGAUAGAAAGUCUCGAUCCUCUAUCGGCCGAUCGCAGGAGACAUAGAAAAGAAAAUAAGUGCCCGUGUCAACGCGAGAUUAAGUGUAUGUGUGUGUGUGCGCGCGCGCUUAAAUGUGAAAUUCAGCGAUCCAAAUAAAAAAAACAUUAAAAAUCGGAGAAAAAUUGGGGCUUUACGGUAUCAAAGUAGCAGGAACCGUUUUCUGCUCUUUCACAUCCAAUCGCGUCAGUUCGCAGGUAUCGGUAGGAGGUCAAUUGCCGCGUGGGCAGUCAGUGCAGCCAUUUCGCUGAUAAGCGGACUGAAGUACUGAGGAAUCUGUGUUACGAUACGAACGUGUGCUGCGUAUGUUAUGCGUCCGCGUAGUAAGUAGAACCCUUCUUUCGGAUUGCGCAAUACGUGACCAGUGAUCGCUAACUGAAGAGUGUUUUGACUACCUCAUCAUCUACCGUGUAUGAAUUAAUGUGACUAAAAUAUCAAGGAUUCUUCGGAUCAUUCGGAGGCAAGACACUGAGCGGUGAACUUGAGGCACAUUUGUGUAUGCAUAUAAUAAGAAGAAGGAGGUUGCAAACCUGUUCAGGUGGAAAACGAGCGGUUUGGUGUGCUGCUUAUCGAUGACAGUUUGAGACCUAAUCGUUGGAGAUUUCAUGGAUUUGUGAAUCGGUUGACCGUGAAAAUCGAAUGGAGCUGUGGUCUGUUUAUAAAUUGUCCGGUAAACAAAGUUUGGAUGUGUAAUUUACGAUAAUGAUGUUCGUCACAGUUAUCAGUGAAUUCCGAUACAUGAUAUAGAUACGUAUGAAUUCUACGAUAUCAUGAGGAGAGAUGAGAUAGGUAACUGAAUUGACAAGAACCAAGUUCAACUCUCAGAAACGGAAAGUGAAAAGCACUAGCUAACAGACGGAAGCGCUGGUAACAGUCCGGGGAUCGUCUUGAUCUAACCGCCACCCCUUUUAUGCUUUCGACGAGACGAUGAAAAACAACUAAGCGCGAAAGGUGUGAACAAAAAAAAAGAAGGAAAAUAUAUAUGAUAUCAUUGAAAAUUCAAGUUGUGUCGAAGUGGAUUCCACCGCAACGAGUAGCGAGAAAAGUAGGAAAAAAGAAAAUCAUAUCAGCAUAAAUUUACUUCGUCUCACCUCCUCCUCCCUCUGGGCAAACAUCGAAACUGCGAUACAACUACACGUUUGAGUUACCACCUGUAAUGCGCGGCAGAAAUAGCAGCGCUAGUGGUGAAGGUGUUUCAGCUAGUCAUCAUAAUCAUCAUCAUCGUCAUUGAUGACGAUCGGCGAUCAACCGCGUGUAGGGUAGGGUUGCAACAGAUCAGUGGAUCUUGUAGCGCGGGAAAAUAAAUAACUAACGAAAAUUCGGUGCAACAUAACAGCGGAGUAAAUAACUAAAUACACGCUCGCAGUUUGUCCGAGAGUGCGAGCGAUCGAACGCGAGAAAGGUGUUGUUUUGAAACACCUGUGGGGUUGCUGAGCAAGAAAAGCGAAGAAAAACAGAGAGAAUUAGCAAUAACGAGCCAAAGAAGAUGGAUGCAAUGGCCUCGCUACAACCACAGACUCAUAAGCUCACUUCAAUACAACUAAGUGCCGAGACAACGGUUUACAGUAGCCUCGAUCCGGGUAUCGGUGGUGCCUUGGAGUUGCAGCACAAGCAAAGGCAAAAGCAAAACCAAAAGCCCACAGCAGAGAAGGAUAGCAGUAACAGUAAUAAUCUCCCCCCAGUUGUAGAGCGGCUGCUGUCGGUUGCUUCUGCUUCUGCUUCAGAAAAAGUAGUUUUACCACAGCUGGAGAAAGAAGAAAGAGCUGAAACGAGCAAGUCUAGUGUAACUUCAAAAUCAGAGUCACAACAACAAUCGCUCGGAGCGCAAGCGGUUUCGGAUUCACCAACAGCAAGAUCAUCUGCUAGAGCUGGAGCUAGUGCCGUUGCCCUCGCUAGCAGUAGUCCACUGGAAACCGUCCGGGAGGAACCAACGUUACCUGUGAGCACCGAUCAGGACUCGCACGUCGUACGCAUACAGAUCGUUCAGAAUAAAACCGACCGAAGUGAAAUCAUCCAGAAUAACCACGGCACUACUGCAGUGAUAAGUUUAUCCAACAAAAACAGUGCCCCGACUGUGAACAAUCAGUGUAAAGCGAAAGUGUCGAUCGUGUCGUUUGGACCUUUUGAUCAGGAGCACUCGCGAAGUUCUACGCCAAUCGAAAUGGUCCAAAAACAGACCAGCCCAUCGGCGACACCGACAGUGAAGGCCGGUGAUUUGGACGUGAACAAUUCAACCUACCUGUACUACAUGUCCUCCGGUCAGUGUUCUCCGAGUGACACUCUGGACAGUGGAACCUGCAGUGACAUUGAAGUCACUCCACCUCCGCUUCCGAAGAAAAUGUUCAAAUCGCCACAACCCAAACAAAACUCGCCCACGACAUUGAUGAUGAUUGACGGCAACUCACCCAAGCCUGCCGAUAAGCACAACCAGGAAGGAUACGCACGCCAUCAACGCUCCGUCAGUUACAACAUUAGUGACAGUGAUGAGUCCGAAUCCAGCCUCAGCUGUGACUCUUUGAACUUUAGCCAACUGUGCGGCAAUGUGACCACUCUCGGGUUGACGGACAGUAUUUCUUCGGCUGUUACAAUUCCCUGCACCGAAGCGCAUUCUCCGUUACCACCAACCCUCGAUGAAAGUGCGAUUAUACAAAGUGAAAGUGAACGUGAAAAUGGGGGCAUAGAAUCCCUCAAACCGAUCAUCAAGAAGCAUAACAUAGUGUCGAUUCUGCCGGAUUCUCUCCUCAAGGAUAUCCGCGAGCGAUCCGGCGUGACCAGUCCCGAGCGGGCGGCCGGAUUGAUAUCCUCCAUCGAGUGCACCCCGCCCGUCGCCCACUCACCGUUCCCUUCGUUUCGGGACGAAAUAAUCACCACCCGAUCGCUGCUGAUGGAGAAGAUUAACAAUUUGAACAGUGUGCAGUGUGCAGCUACAGAUGGGGCCGAAAGUGUGUCCUCGUUGUCGGUCACCCCGGCCGGUGCAAAGCAGUGCAAAUCUAUCAGUUUCGAAAAUGACAAAUUUUACAAAUUUCACAUCAACGAACAUUUGAAUCUGCCGGACCUGAGCAACGGUACCAACGGAACCAGUUGCGCCUCGUCGGUGGUGGAUGACGACGAGAGUUUUGCCGGGUACAAGGAUUUAACCAGCGGUCACUCCACGAUCAGGAGCCACAAGGGAACGGUUCGGGGGGUGAAGAAUCGGGUGCGCAAUGGAAUUGCAACAUUUUUGCAGAUGCAGCAGGCCAACAUUAAGAACUACAAGGAGAAAGACGCCGGUAAAGUGGUUGUAUACACGACAAGCAUGGGCAUCGUUCGAGAGACCUACACCAAGUGUGCCAACGUGAAGCAGAUCCUGAAAACGCUACUGGUUAAAUUCGAGGAACGGGACGUCUUCAUGAGUAACGACUAUCAGCAGGAAAUCAAGGACCGCAUGCAAUCCGAAGCGAUCAACGUUCCACAGUUGUUUGUCGACGGUCAGCAUGUUGGGGAUGCCGAAAGCGUUGAGCGACUGAACGAAAGCGGCGAACUGCGAAAAAUGUUGAAACCUUACAGAUGCCUGGAAUCGUCCUUCACUUGCAAAGUUUGCGGCGGCUAUCGACUGCUGCCCUGUCCGUCCUGUGGUGGCUCGAAGAAAUCUAUUCACCGCAAUCACUUCACCACGGAGUUUAUCGCGCUCAAGUGCAUGAACUGUGACGAAGUAGGCCUGGUAAAGUGUCACAACUGCUGAACAACCCCCCGUCCGGCUAUUGGCUGCAUUGGCUGUCAAAUUUGGGCGUAGCGUAGCGAGUAUUGGCGUGCGACCGUAUUUGUGUGUGUAUGGAAUUCCUAUAGUUUAUAGUGACCAUUGACAAGUCUCGUGGAAAUUGAAACAAGUUCUCUAGCGAUUGUUUUUCCAGGAAGAUUUGUGAACGCAAAGCGAAUGAAUGUGAACCCGAGCAAGAGAGAGAGAGCGCGCAAACGGAAGGCGGUACGAUACCAACAAUCGAACUUUUUGGACUUGGUCAAGUUUUUGCAAUACUAGUUUGAUAAGUUGUAGUAGUUGUGAUAAUUGUAGCUAUUAAACGCAGAUCGAAUCAAGCGAACAUUGAUAUUUGCUCACACACACACCUAACCACAACCGGAGAUUCGGUUAAGAACGACAAGCGAUAAAUUCGCCUCAUGAUUCAGACGGUUAGUAAGCUCAUUCCGCGUACCGUUUAAAUAUAAGGUUCCGACCUAACUGAAGAUGAACAAGUGAAGUUCAACAGCAGCGAACGGAGAUACAUGCGGGACAAAUUUCAGGCAUUUCCAAACAAAUACGUAAAAUGUAAAUAGAAUUAUAAAAAUCCUCACGUCUUAUUGUUUGAAGACGCGGAAAAUGGUUCAUAUGAGUUUCCUCGAAACUAUGACGCAUAGCCACUGCUCAAAAAAAAUCGAUGAUAGUAAUAGAAGUUGAAUGAAGACCCAUAAUCAGGAAUGCAUCGGUAAUUUCGGCAAUCAAGUUUUGUGUGAUUUUUCGCUUGCUUGAUUUUAUCUUCGUAGCAAUACUAGGAUUUAAUA